AUGACUUCCGUUAGAAAGAGAAAGAUGAAGCGUUCUUCCGUGCGGAAGAACACUAGAAGAGUCAAAGAUAAGCAUGAUAACAUUAAUAUCCAUUCCAAUCCCAUAAUAGCGAAACACUGGGAUAAGUCAUUGACAUUACAACAGAAUUACAAGAAGUUAGGUUUGAGAACAAAGCUUGGAUCCAUGGCUGGUGGUAUUGAGAAGGAUGUGUUGACACUUACGCAAAUCAAGCAACGCAAGGAAGAUGAUACCAAGGUUUCUGUUGAGGACAUUGAAAACACCGAUGACCCCGCUAAGAUCCCAGAAGGUGAAGCUAGAAUAAUAAGAAAUGAAGAAUCCGGUGAAGUGUUGAAAGUUAUUUAUGGUACCAUGAAAGUGAAGCAUACGUCUGCUGCAGAAGUGGAAAAGUCUGAAGUUAUUCAACAAUUGGAAGAAUACGCCAAAAAGAAUUCUCAAAUAAGAAGAGAGAGAAAGCAAUCUGAAAGAGAAGAUUCUUGGUUGAAAGAUUUGUAUGAAAAGCACGGAGAUGAUUAUGAGAAGAUGAAAUGGGAUAAGAAGUUAAAUGUAUUUCAACAAAGUGCAGGUGAUUUAAGAAAGAGAAUUACAAAAUGGAAAAAGGUCAACAAUAUUGAGUAA